AUGGCCCACAAGCAGAUCUACUACUCAGACAAGUACUUCAACAAGCACUAUAAGUACCAGCAUGUCAUGUUACCCAGAGAACUUUCCAAACAAGUCCCGAAAACCCAUCUGAUGUCUGAAGAGGAGUGGAGACUUGGUGUCCAACAGAGUCUAGGCUGGGUUCAUUACAUGAUUCAUGAGCCAGAACCACAUAUUCUUCUCUUUAGAAGACAUCUUCCAAAAGAGUAA